AUGCCUUUCUCACGUUCACUUACCGUCGUCGGCUGCCAUGCAGAGGGCGAAGUCGGAGAUGUUAUCACCGGCGGCGUUCUCGACGUACCGGGAAAAACCAUGCAAGAAAAGCUCGUUCACAUGUCCACCAAGAAAGAUCACCUUCGGCAGCUUCUUCUCAACGAGCCACGGGGCCGAGCAUCCAUGAACACGAACCUCAUUCUCCCACCCUGUGAUCCGAGAGCCGAUGCAGGAUUCUUGAUCAUGGAAAGCGAGGAGUAUGCUCCUAUGUCCGGAUCCAACAUUAUUUGCACCACAACCGUCCUUUUAGAGACCGGCAUGAUUCCCAUGAAGGAACCUUUCACCAAAAUAGCGUUGGAUACUGCCGCCGGGCUGGUGACAGUCACUGCGGAAUGCGAGGCCGGAAAGUGCAAGAAUGUUGAAUUCAAUAAUGUGCCGUCAUUUGUCCUCGAACUCGACUAUAAAGUCCCAGUUCCAGGCCUUGGAGAGGUGACUGUCGACAUCGCUUAUGGAGGCAUGAUGUAUGUGUUGGUUGAUGCCGCAUCACUAGGCUUAAGGAUCGACAACCAAGAAUCUGCAAAACUCGUGGAGAUUGCGGAACGCAUCAAGCGAGCGGUUCAAGCGGUUUAUACCCCGAUUCAUCCUGAAAAUGCUGGUAUAACAGGGUUUAGUGUAUUGUCAUUCACGGAACCUGUGACAUCAGAAAAAGGUUGCAAGAUUUCUGUCAAUGCUGUGGUCGUCUCCCCCGGACGAUUUGAUCGAAGCCCCUGUGGAACCGGAACAUCUGCCCGGCUAGCAAUUCUGCAUGCUCGGGGCCAGAUAAAAGAAGGCGAAAUCUUCAAACAUCGCAGUAUUCUGGGGACUGAGUUUAUCAGUCGAAUUCGUGGUACAGCGACAGUCGGGAAAUAUCCUGCUAUUCUUCCCACGGUCAAAGGUCGGGCUUGGAUUACUAGCUUCAAACAAGUCGUUUUAGAUUCGACGGAUCCAUUCCCAGAAGGUUUUCGUCUUGGCGAUCAGUGGCAUACGCCACCGAAUUAA